AUGGAAUUGCUCUCGUGUUCUUCCUCUCUACCAUCUCAUUCCUCGCACAUCAGCUUUGGCUGGAAACUCGUGGGCAAGAAAGGGAGACAUCUCAAGCCAUUCUUCCAUCACAACCAAGACGGAAUUCCAUCUGCUGGGCUGAAGUCCAGAUGGAUCUCGGGGAUUUCCUGGAGGGAUGGAUACAGAUCCAAGGCUUCAUCUUGGGGUUAUCAGAAGGGGACAGGAUUCAAGAGGCCAGAGAAGAUUUUCAACUGUUCUGUGGCGGAAGGAGACAUGAUCCUUGGAGAUGUCUCAAGGAAGGUCGACUCUGCCUCAAAGGUUUCGAUUCCCAGUCUGCCUGAGGAACUCCAUGGCACGAGCAGCUCGCCAGUCAGCAGCUACAUGUGGCAAUGGAAGCCGAAACUCAACGUCCACUAUGAGAGAGCAGGAGCAGAGAAUGUUCAUGCCCCAGCUGUCUUGUUCCUUCCGGGCUUUGGAGUUGGAUCGUUCCACUACGAGAAGCAGCUGAGGGAUCUGGGAAGAGAGUAUAGAGUUUGGGCUUUGGAUUUUGUUGGGCAGGGGAGGUCAUUACCCUUCGAAGAUCCUGCUCCGCUGGGGAAAUCAAGAAGCACCAUUUUCGGAGAGGGAGAUAUCUGGGGGUUUGGGGAGGAACCUGAGCCCUGGGCCAAGGAGCUGGUUUACUCUAUCGAUCUGUGGCAAGAGCAAGUGUCCCAUUUCAUAGAUCAGGUAUGGUAAAACCGUGUCUGUGUUUCAGUGUUUCAGCUUCUCAAUCAUCAUUUCAUUGAUUCUCAAUGAAAAUAUUCUAUCUUUGAUUCUCAAAUGUCGUGCCUUUUCCUGUUUUUCUUGAAGAAUUUCAGGUUCAGGUAAAACUUAUGGUGAAUAUCCUGGCUUACGGUUUCCGGAAGAUCAGUUUUUUCUCCGUGUACAUUUCAGAUCGAUACUAUUUUGUGAUUUGACAUAAAUUCUUGGGUCAAUUAAAAUACCUUUCCCAUUCAUAUUGUCCAUCAUAUUAUCUCGGUUGUCCUAGUCUACAAGACCGUUCUGACAUGGCUUAUUUAAUGGAAAGCUGCUUGUUUUCCUAUACAAUCGUGGUUCCUUUUUUUGUUGGCUUACAUGAAAGCUCUGCUUUCAUCUCUGUUUGUGUCCAUGAAAUAACAUGUGUAGAUUACUCUUUUCAUGUUGCAGGUCAUUGGCGAGCCGGUUUAUGUGGUGGGCAACUCCCUGGGCGGCUUUGUAGCUCUAUACCUAGCAGCUUGCGAUCCACAGAUGGCAAAGGGGGUCACGCUGCUUAAUGCAACACCGUUCUGGGGACUACUCCCCAACCCCGUAACAUCACCUCGGCUAGCUAAGCUUUUCCCUUGGGCUGGGACAUUUCCACUGCCGCCUACUGUGAAAAGGCUCACUGAAAUUGUGUAAGUUCAUAGCCUGGAAGUUAAUAACGGUGAAAGCUUCCUUUUUCUUAAUCUUUAAUUAAGAUAUAAAAUGGGCGUGAUCAGUAGAAUUUUGAUAAAUACUUCCAUAAGAAGGAAAGGGUUUUAAAGGGUUCUCCUUUCAGUUAUCUGGCAAUGACUUGCCUGUGUUCUUCCUUGGAGUCAAUGUGAUUCUCUUCCUGAGUACAAAAAAUCGUCCUUUGUUUGGCUUUCAGAUGGCAGAAGAUAAGUGAUCCUAGGAGCAUACGUGAUGUGCUCAAGCAAGUGUAUGCUGAUCACUCAACAAACAUUGACAAAGUAUUCUCCACCAUAGUGGAGGUGACACAGCACCCUGCUGCACCAGCAUCCUUUGCCUCCAUUAUGUUUGCUCCUAGGGCGCAGCUGUCUUUCCAUGAGGCAUUGGUCAGGUACUGAUAUGAUUCAUCCAGCUAGCCGACUUUACUACCCUGGUCUUUUAAAUUAUGUAUGACAUCAUAUGGGAAAAGACCAUUUAGAAUGUGGAGGCCAGCCUGUAUUAGGUCUUAAGGUGUGGGCAAGCCAAAAUAUUCCUGUUUCUAUUCCAGCACGGUAUCAGAGGCUAGCGUUAUGGUUUCCUAGAGCAGAAUAUAACGAGGUAGGCUCAGUAGGCCCAUCUUUUUUGUUCAUGGGCAGCAUGUCUGAAUUUUAUGCGUGGUUACAUGGACAGCAUAAAUGGGGUGCACGGUCCUGCAGCUCCAAUUAGAAACCCUAAUAUUCCAAUUUCCAUUCUUGUUAGAAGAUUUGCAUCUUUUUUUUUCAUCAUUUCUAACUUUGAUUCUGAUUUGUUUGGCAGGUGCCAAGAGCAGGAUGUGCCAAUUUGUCUGAUGUAUGGGAAGGAAGACCCCUGGGUGACCCCAAUGUGGGGCCUCAAGGUGAAACGGCAAGUGCCUGAAGCCCCUUAUUAUGAAAUCAGCCCAGCGGGUCAUUGCCCUCAUGAUGAAGUCCCUGAGGUAUCUGCUCAGAUUCUGAACAUUUAUCUGCCAUUAGGUUUUUAGUCCACUUGUUAGUGUUUUUUUUUUCUCAUCUCUAAUAAUUACAGCAUGAAAUAUAUACACCUUUGAUAAUUUAUUGAGGAAGUAAGGGCUAUGCCAGUGCAGCAGCCUUAUUCCUGUAGAUUUUGUUCUAUCUAUGGCAUCUCUCAUCAAGGUACAGGAAGCAAAGCAAUCAUAUCAUGAAAUAGAAUCUAAGCCUUUUGCGGAUCAUCAUCUUAAUCUUACUGGUCAUCAACUGAGAACCACGUUAACCAAAAGUAUAUAUCUUGGUGUAGAAUGUAACCCUUUUGCGGAUCAUCAUCUUAAACGAGUAAUUUUCCCUGUUCAAUCCCCUGAAAAUCGAAUGUAACUCAGUGGCGCUUCAAUCUAGGACCAGUUCUUGUUUAAGACUAAUUCAGCUGUAAUCCACUUGGUAAUAUGAACUCCUCAUUAGGGUAUUCUGAUUCGGAGCAUUAAAAUCAUUCUGUGGGAUUACUUCUUUUCUGCUUCGUUUAAUCUCUGUCAUCUUUUCAUGGAGCAGGUUGUGAAUUACCUGUUGCGCGGGUGGAUAAAGAACGUGGAGUCUCAAGGCCUGGUUUCUCUACCCCUCCUUGAAGGCUUGGAGCCCAUCGAGUAUGGCCUCUCGAGGGAGCUGGAGUUCAUCAAAGAUGGGUCUCACAAGUCGAUAAAAGUCAACGUCAGAGGGUCAAAACUUUCCCUUUGGAAGCCAAUAAGCUCCUUUGUCAACUCCCGCCUCUUGAGCUCCGGGAUCACCUCACUAUAA